AUGGAAUUAGAAAAUAUAGUUGCAAAUACCGUGUACCUAAAGGCAAGAGAGGGUGGUUCCGAUAAUAACAAGGGAAAAAGCAAAAAGUGGAGGAAAAUCCUGCAGUUUCCACAUAUUUCUCAGUGUAUUGACCUGAUCAACAGAAUAGAUUGUCGUUACGAAUACGUCGUCGAUCAACAGCCAAUAGGAAAAUUUCUUUUCGAUCAAUUUUGCGAAGAAAAAGGGCCCGCCUAUUUACGUUGCCUCCGUUUUUUGGACGCCGCCAAACGAUAUGAAGUCGAGACAGACGAACAGCGCCAAGAGUUGUCCAAGGUCAUCAAAAAGGAGUUCUUGGUUAAACAUGAUGGACAAGAAAGUAUUCAUUUGCCGGAGAUGGGUGUCUUCCCCACCAGCGACAAACUCACGAACGGUCACAAUAAGGACCUUUUCGCGCCCUGUGUCCAAGCUGUCAAGGAAUGUUUGGCGGGGGAACCAUUUAAGGAAUUCACCAGUAGCAUGUACUUUCAUCGAUACCUACAGUGGAAAUGGCUGGAAUCCCAACCAAUCACGUACAAGACUUUCAGGAUGUACAGGGUGCUCGGAAAGGGCGGAUUUGGAGAAGUGUGUGCUUGCCAGGUACGGGCUACUGGCAAAAUGUAUGCUUGCAAAAAGUUGGAAAAGAAAAGGAUAAAAAAGCGAAAAGGUGAAGCCAUGGUCCUGAUCGAGAAGCAAAUCCUUCAGAAAAUCAAUUCCCCAUUCGUUGUAAGUUUAGCAUACGCUUAUGAAACCAAAGACGCUCUAUGUCUGGUUUUGACCAUUAUGAACGGAGGCGACCUCAAGUUUCAUAUUUAUAACAUGGGCGGAGAUCCUGGAUUGGAUUUGACUCGCGCCAGGUUCUACGCUGCUGAGGUAGUGUGCGGACUUGACCAUCUUCACCAACAAGGCAUUGUAUAUAGAGACUGUAAACCAGAAAAUAUACUUCUAGAUGACGCUGGUCACGUGAGGAUCUCAGACUUAGGCUUAGCAGUAGAUAUUCCCGAAGGUGAAUCGGUUAGAGGUAGAGUUGGAACCGUAGGCUAUAUGGCUCCGGAGGUUAUAGAUAACGAACGUUACACGUUUAGUCCGGACUGGUUCAGUUUCGGCUGCCUGCUGUACGAAAUGAUCGAGGGCCAGGCGCCGUUUCGAGCCCGAAAGGAGAAGGUGAAACGGGAAGAAGUGGACAGGCGAGUGAAGAGUGAACAGGAAAAAUACUCAAACAAGUUUAGCGAGGAUGCCAAAUCUCUGUGCCAACAACUGUUAGCGAAAGCGCCACUGAGUAGGUUAGGCGGCAAGGCGGGUAGAUCGGGGGCCAGUGUAGUUAAACAACACGCUUUUUUCCAGCCCCAUAUUAAUUGGAGGAGGCUGGAGGCGGGAAUGAUCGAUCCACCGUUCGUGCCAGAUCCUCAUGCAGUGUACGCAAAGGACGUGUUAGAUAUAGAACAAUUUUCGACAGUUAAAGGUGUAAAUAUAGACGAAAGUGAUGCUAGUUUUUAUAAUAAAUUCAAUACGGGUUGUGUUUCGAUACCGUGGCAGACUGAGAUGAUCGAAACGGAUUGUUUUCGGCAAUUGAACGUGUUCGGACCGGCGAAUACACGGACGCCGGACUUGAUUCUGCAGCCUGUGGCUGUUAGUGAAAAUGAAGGCUGUUUUCCUUUUAGGCGAAAGAAAAAGCAACUUCCCAGGACGCGACCGAUACCUAUUAACCCCAUAUUGUUACCUCAAAUGACACCACAAUUGGCGGAGAGUUGA